UCCUUGCAGUCGCUCGUUAGGUCGCUCUCGCCGCUUAUCUAUUUGAUACAGCCGCUCACUCAAGUCUCUUGAGUCGGUAUUUCUGACAUCGAGUCAGGUCCGCUUGCUUGCCGACAUCUGUCAUGAAUCACCGCUUUCGGACCUAACUGAACAGAGGCACGUUCGUGCUUGGAAUCCCUUUCCGACCGAUACUAUAGUAGGCUGUGUCACCCGCUUGUGACUGGAUCAGCCUUAUAGGCCCUGAGGCCAUGGGAAGAGAUUUCUUGUCGCAUCUCAUUCACCCACAUCCCUCGUAUUCCCUUUUGUGCUCGGGGCCUUGGCAGCAAUGGGCAAUUGCAUGUCCAAUACAGGGAACUUUGAGCCUCCCGGCUCUAAAGCAUUGCGAGACUAUGUACAAGAAUUCGACGAUAGGGUAGAUCCGAAUAAGCGGGAGCUCAUGAGGCUGCGACAGCUCGAGAAACAACAACUGAAUCUGACGGACACCUUCACUCCGCCUGCUGCUCCACCACCCAAGCCUAAGGGUCCGAAAUGUUCUGUGUGCUUCAAGCAUAUCCAGGUUUCCGUCAAUCCAUGGCAACUUGCCAAGACUGAACGCAUGAUGGCGGAGCUCUCGGAUGACUCUGGCGACGAGGAGGAAGGUGAUCGACAACCCCGCGUACCCCGCAAGCCUGUUCUCCAUGGAAUGCAACUUGCAACUUGCAAGCACUACUUCUGUGGGGCAUGUCUGGCUCAAGCGAUAUACCAUCGCCUCAACAUAGCCUUUGAUCCUGCGCUCUAUGGGACGGCAUUGAAAGAGAACAAGCUCGCGGAACCAGGUAGACGCGCAGACUUUCCGAUAUCAUGUCCCACGUGUCAAGUCAAGCCUGGGGAAGAGGCCGUCGAAAUCAGCGACGUAACGGCUCGUCUGGUGUUGGGCCAAGACAAUAUGGACGAGUGGAAUCACGCGCGGUUCUUGUCCUCGCUGAAUCUCAUUUAUUGCCCGCAUAAAGGAUGCGACGAGUGUUUCGAUGCGGAUGAUGUGGCCCCUGCUCCCAGCGGUGUGGAACAUGCUGAUACGUUGGUCCAAUGCCCACGCUGUCGAGGCUCACUUUGCAAGGCUUGCAAGUCUUUGUGGCACGAGAAUUUGACGUGCCAGGCGUAUCAAGCAUUGCCAAUCGCAGAGCGUGCUCCCGAGGACAUCGCAUUCGCCAAUCUGGCCGAGCAGGAAAAGUGGCGACGUUGUCCAAAAUGCUCGGCUAUGGUCGAGCUCAAGGUGCGUUCGGCUGCAAUCAUAUCACUUGCAUCUGCAAACACCACUUCUGCUACACUUGUGGCGCUGACUUUGAACACGACAAAGGGAAAUAUCGUUGUAAAGGAGGUAAGGCGACUUUUGUCCUUCUUCUUUGUGCUCCUUCUUGAAGUCUCCAGGUGUGGGAUGCAAGGUGUGGGAGGAACAGAAUCUUCUCGAAGUGAAAUUACGAGACUAGUGGCUUUAUCAGGGCAGUGCACGUUCACCAGCACGGGAGGCGAUCACUGUCUCUCCCUCCCCGGAAUCUCUAACCUUGUCGCGAUGUUGAAGAGGUACAAGGCCUUCAUGAAGAAUGAAGGUCACUUUGCUCCCCCAGGCGCGCAAGCCUUGCAAGACUUUGUCAGUGUUUAUGAUCAACAGCGCCAAUGGGUGCGCCAGACGCAGGCGGCCCUCGUCGAGAAGCAACGCGUUUUGACAGAAGAAGAAGAAGCACAACAAGCAGAGGCUCGUGCAGUUUUGGAAGCCUUGGGAAGAGAGAGCGAAGAUACACUUCGGGGCACGCAAGAUUCGGGGUCGUCUGUUAGCGUCGACUGCACGCCCGAGAAGAAAUCAAGUUUGCCAAAAUGCCGUCUUUGUAUGGAACCGUGCACGAUCUGCCCCAAUCCCUGGCAGCGCACUCGGAGGUCGAUUCGAGACAGUCCCAACUUUCGACACAUCUCAUUCUUGAAUAGCCCAAAUGUGUCGCCCAUCUCCGAGCACAGGCUUUCGGACAGCAUUCCGUUCGGAAUUGCUCUCGAACCGUGCCGACAUGUACAUUGUGGGGCCUGCCUUGCACAGGCAAUAUAUCACGGCCUGAACAUGGCAUUUGAUCCCGCAAUGUACGGGACCAACCUCCCGUCGUAUGCACCGGAGGUGCCGCGAGUGGGGAAUCCUGAGUUUCCCAUCCCUUGUCCUUCCAAACAAGCGGGACGCCUGAGUCUCAUCAACGAUGCGGUAGCGCGAGUAGUGCUGGGCGAGUCUAAUAUGGACGAGUGGAACCACGCCCAGUUCCUUGCUUCUCUCCGUGUCAUGCAAUGUGCAUAUGAUGGCUGCAAAAAGCCAUUCGAUAGCCAGGAAGCGCCGACUGUCAUGCAAAUCUGUUUGGCACCCGGACUUUUCUUGCAUCUCUUAUCAAGCGUCGCCGGCAUCUUCUCCCACGCAGUAUUGGAAUUUAUCUCCUCACUCCUGGUGAGCAUUUCCAAUAUGAGCCCAGUCAAAACAACACGCCAACAUUCACCAGCGGAGGAACAGCCAGCCCUCAAGUAUCCCCGUGGACAUCUGCAACUCAAAUCCAUUCGCCAUAAUGCCCUGCAAUCCAAAUGUACUCGUGAUCUAGCUUUCCGCAGGUUGAGCUGGGGAGACCUUUCCGGUUCCCGGCCUACCCACCUACCUACCUACCGACCUGCCAUGCAAAUUAGUCUCCAUGAAGCUCAACUCGCGGGAUCGUCUGUCACACGAAGAAUGAUAUGUCUAGGAUGCUGUCAGGUUUCCCAUAUUCAGUACACUUUCUUUCUUCCGUUUCAACACAUGCGUAGCCCGAAUGGCACACCUCUUGUACGCAUUCGCUUGAUCGUACUUAUCGUUCUCGCGAGUUCUAUCACAUUCUAUAUCGGCCAAUUGUCCUCCACUCCUUUAUCCAAACACUCUUUGCCUGAGCCCGAAUGCUUCGUUCCUUCAGAGCGAACUGCGCAUACACACAUGCACGCCAUUCAACCCAUUCAUGUGCCCGUAACCGUUACAAAACUGCAGACCUUGACGACCACCAUCCACUCUCCGCAAGUCACUGUAACAGCCGUGCCGGAAACGGUUGCACCUGUAGAAGAGGACUACGUUUUGGUUAAUGGGGCUCCCACUGCAUCGUUCAAAGAUAACUUGCGUGCCGACGUCAAAUACAUAUUGUCGUUCCCUGGAAGUGGAUUCACUAACGAUGUGAUGCUAUAUAUGAAUCUAAUCUAUCUGUCUAUACUAACGGAGCGCGUCCCGGUCAUCCCUUACUUCGUCCCGACCCAUGUCGGUCAGUCCGAAACGGGUCCUGUUAUUGCUUUCGGGGAUGUGUUCGAUGUGGCGAGAUUGGAGAAGGCCAUUAGGAAACCGAUUCUCGAGUGGGGAGAUAUCAAAGAUCUUGGGAGUACAAAGAUCGACACCUUGGGCUGCUGGAAUGUCUGGGAAGCUGUCUCGCCGGCAAACAAGGGACCACAUUGGACCCUAGCCCCGGAAAGAAUGAAGCUCGACAUCUCGUAUACAACGGCACCCGAAUCGAUCAAGCUGUACCCUGGCAAUCCCCAGAGUACAGAUAUGCGAUUCGCUUCUCUCAUGUCGCUCGGGUUUCCCGAACAACGCAAUGAACAUCUGACCACGCCGGUCAGGUCACCUCUGUUGCAUGCCUCACUCCCGCCGGAUGAGCAGCUGUUAUGUUUUGAUAAUCUUUAUUGGGCAACCAAUCUCGAGCCUCACGAAAUGGAACACGAUUACAGCACUGCUUGGAGAUUCGUCGGGCGGCAUCUUCACUGGAACCCUCGCAUUGAAGCCCUCGCAGCCCGAUAUGUCAGGCGGACAUUAGGUCUUGCGCGUGCAAGGCCGAUUCCUCCGUACAUCUCGGUUCAUGCGAGACGGGGGGACUUUGUCAAUUGGUGCGAGGUGCCCGAUCGGGAGGACUGCUUCGCGCCGGUCUCUGUAAUUGCCCGUCGCGUUGCCGAGAUUCGGCAACGGCUUUGGCGGACGAAGGGGAUCGAGGUACAACACGUGAUCAUGACCAGCGACGAGACCGACGAAUCCUGGUGGCGCCAGGUACAGGCUCAAGGCUGGGACCGUGUCGAUCACUCGUGGACCAGUGAAAUACAUGGAGCUUGGUUCCCCGUAUUCAUUGAUGCAGCUAUCCAGUCUGCGAGCACAGGUUUUGUUGGCACAGAUCGUUCGACCGUCUCUUUGCUUUCUGCUCAUCGGGUUAGAGAGUGGCAAGGCGGCCCCACUCAAAUGUUUCGCUGGGGAAAGCCCGGGGCGGACGACCACGAAGAUAUCUGAUUAUGUAUGCUUUGUUAUCUUGUAACUCCUUACUUGACCAUCUGAUCUCAAUCAAUCAAUCCUGGCUUCCGCUCUCCAAGCAUCUUCGAAUCAAGGAAAAGGAGCGCUCUCUGGCGGCGACUGCAAUUACGUGGCGAAUAAAAUCCCAAUUCCACCGGAUAUCAGUGCUCAAGAUCACCUGGACACUGUCGACAUUCAAAUACUCACUGCCCGCCGAUCCCUCUGAUCCGGGUCCGACUCUUCAUUGGGCACCGCGCGCGCGGCCCGGGACUCGGUCAUUCCUGUCUUCAACAUGUCCCCAACUGCCUUCCGCCUCGUCGUUACCGCACUCGUUGCCAACCCGAGCGGCGGAAGUAAACCUGACGUCCUAAAUUACGUUUAGAGUAACAACCAAGAAUUCGAUCUGGAAUCGAGGGUAGUUGCUUAAAAUCAAACCCAAUCGCAGCCAGUGCCGGAUAUGACCACAGUUUCUCGCCGUUGACAAUAGCGUGAACCUAUUUCUCCCUCCCAUUUCCUCCUCAUUUCCUCCUCUGUCUCCUCCCCCCCCACAUUCUUUUGAAAUCUUCGGCGAUGACGACUCUCAACAUGGUGCAGGACAGGAUGUUGGGAGCUUUGCUCAUCGGCACCUAUGUCAAUUCAUUCCUCUAUAUUCUCGCGUUCGUUGAGACGGUCAAGUAUUUCCGAUAUUUCAAGCAAGACGGAUUGUUUGUCAGAGUGUGUGUUCUGCUGGCUCUAGCGGCCGACACGCUAGCAACUGCUGCGACCGAUGGGAUGGUAUACCUUAACUUGGUAACGCAUUGGGGCGACGAGACUUUCCUAUCCAACCGCCUGUUGAUUGUUCCGGUGUUCGUGAUUCUUACCACUGUCUCGGGCACGGUCUCGCGAGCUCACCUCGGUGUCCGCUACUUGCGACUCACUAAGAAUCGCUUUCCAUUCCUUUUGAUUGUACUUUCGACUAUUGCCUCGAUCGUCGGAACAGUGCUUCUUGCACACGCUCUCAUAGCACAACGUAUCACUGAAUCUUUAUUCGUGUUCAGCGACCAUCAUUUCCAAACUCUUUUUUGGUUGGCCGUUUCCCUUGCCGCGGAUGUCUUGGUCGCUCUCGCAUCUCUCGUCUCUCGCCAUUUUUCGCGAAACAUGGGAUUCCCACGUUUUUGUUCCCUGUUGCUCCGAUCUGGCGUCGCUGGCGUAGCAUUUUCACUUGCCGCGUUAAUUCUAUUCGUGGUUGACAAAGACCAUAGAAAUUUAUCGUUUGCCGUCACAAUCUCGCUUGGACGAGUGUACUCUCAUGCCAUGCUUCGAAACUUGAAUGCGCGAGAUCCCAAUGUCGAGAAUCGACCCAAGAGUCUUCCUCACGUCAUCGAAAUCGCCAGUUAUCCAUUCAUGCCUAGUUCGCCUGCUACUUUAGAGGCCGCAUUGACCACCCCGUUGUCGUCGCGUCCGAAGAUCCACAUCAAGGCAAGCGAUCUGAAAAACAUCAAAACUGAGGACCUGAAAACGAUGAUUUCGACGCCUGUGUACAUGGAGGAUCCCAGCCCGAAAAACCUCAUCGCCGAGGCCAAGCGACUGAAACAGGAACGGGUAAACCAGUUGGGAAGGUCUCCUACGAUAAAAACAGGAAUCACUGCCAAGAGUUCCUUUUUGGACAGUCUGUAGUCACCAAUAUCCAUUUGUUGUAACAUCAUCCAUGAGGAAUUCACAGCGUCACCAAACGCGGCCCAGCUGAUUUCACGUGACCGCGUUUCUCCAUUGACUGUCAACCUUCAACAUUUUAUUCGGUCAUUGCCAGUCGAUGGUAUCAUCCGGAUACCCGCCUUCUCGCCUUGCGUGAAUCUUCAAAGGAAACUACAAUAGAGUCGACCUGCCAUCUACUCUCAAGCAUAUCGCGUCAUAUGACGCGAUAGGGUGUUCUCACCGUCUUCUCUUCGCCAACUGCCAUGUCCAACUUCACUACUGUACCUAUUCUCGACUACUCUCAAACUCUAUCGCCAGAACUUAAACCUAAGUUUCUGCUGGAACUACAGCAUGCCCUGAUCAAUGUCGGCUUCCUCUACCUUUCUAAUUCUCUCGUCGAUACCGAAGCCAUCCUGCCCUUCGUCCCCAAGCUGUUCUCCCUGCCGCAGGAAGAAAAGGACCGGAUCGCGAUGGUGAACAGCAAGCACUUCCUUGGCUACAACAAGCUCGGAUCGGAGUUCACGAAGGGACGGACUGACUGGAGGGAGCAGUUUGAUAUUGCGACGCCGCAUGAGUGUCGAGCGGUCGAGGGGAGAGGUGACCCCGAUUAUUGGAGUCUAUGGGGUCCUUCUCAGUGGCCAGAUGAGACACUCAUUCCAGGAUUUAAAGAUGCGAUGGAACGCUAUCUGCUCCAGGUGCAAGAUCUCAGUUAUGCGUUCAGCCGGCUUCUAUCAGAAGCGCUGGGACUCCCAGCAGACGCGCUCGAUCAGUUCUACGACGUGCCCAAGCUGAUGCAGCACCGAGGCAAGAUCGUAGCCUAUCCACAAACUGAGCACGAAUCACAGGGUGUCGGGCCACAUUACGAUGCUGGAUUCCUUACUUUCCUUCUCCAAGUCUCUGACCAUCGAGGCCUGCAGGUGCAGAAUCUCGCAGGAGAGUGGAUUGAUGUGCCGCCUAUUCCAGGCACCUUUGUUGUCAACAUCGGUCGCGGUGAGCAUGCACGGCUACUAAUGGCUCGAGCUGACGCAAGGAUGCCCCUUGCCAAGCACUCGAAUUUGCGACCCAGGGACUCGCUCGAGCUACCUCCCACCGCGUGAUCUCACCCGUCGGCGGAACGGUCCUCGGUACUCCGUGCCGUUCUUCCAGAACAUAGGUCUCGACACACGUAUCACAGAACACGUGCUCACAUUUCCGCCUGAAGUUCUGGCUUUGCGAGACUCCCGUGGGACGCUCCUGGCUACUGAUUCGGUCAACUUCACUGAGUUUGACCGGGAACCAUCGGGACGAGUCAAUCUUAUUGGGCGGGUCAAAAGCCAUCCUGAUGUGGCGGAACGGCAUUACCCGGCCCUUUUCAAGGAGGUAUUCCCUUAUGGGGUGCCGCCUCUGCAGCAAGUCAGCGCAUAUUGACCAAGGUGUCCGGAUUACUGCAUGGCAUUCGAAAUCUAGGUAAUAGCUAGGUAGAUGAUAGAACGAAAUACGGCGUGAAAAUAUAUACCGUGGUUGGACAUUGACUGUCCGCAAAGUGCCAGCUUCAUUCAGGUGAUGGGGAAUUCGACACCGACGUCUCGUACCCAGGAGGACAGAAGCGGAUGGAUGGAUGGUACUACACGGGUUGUUUGCUGCUGUUGCUGAGGAGAAUACAGGGUCAGCAUGGGGCUUCGGCGUUGGAGUGUGGUCACGAGUGACGACGAGCGAGAAUGCUGCGAGACGACUCGUGUCCAAGUCGGCGACGGAGGCUUCGGCACGGACGGAAACGCUGCA